AAAGGAAGAAUAAUCAGGAAAUGGACUCCUUUUCUGGAUUGGAAUAGAAAUUCGAAAACUGUAUAGAUCCAUCACGGGGCAACAGCCGCGCCGAUAAGGAACUCGAUCCCCCUCCCAGAUGGCCUUCACAGCCCUUGUAGCCACUGCCAUUGUAAACAACCCGAAACCCCCCUCUGUCGAAAACACUCGAUUUGCCCGAGAAUAACCUUUGUGAUUUGCCAGCGUUCGCGUCUGUUGGUUCCCAGGUUUAGAAGCAAAGAAAAUGCAGUAGCUUACUGUUGAGAGAAGAGGCUACAUUGCGCUCCAAGAUGGGAGCUAUAAACAUAAGUUGCCCUUGGGACGACAGCUCUCCUGAGCCACUCUUGGAUGCCUGUGGCAAAUAUGCAUCCAACUCCAGAACCUUUUGUGAGCUGCAGCCUGAGACAGGGCUGUGGUGCCUGCGCUCAGAAUUGGCACUGCCCAUGGAGAUAUGCGAGAAGCUCAUCAGUCUGUGGCAGGAGAUGGACCCCCAGGGUCUUGACGACAAAUUCAUUAACAUAUUCAAAGAUGUGAUUUUGACGAGACUUAAGCGAGUGACAUUAAGAAAUUCGUCAAUCUCAGAUGAUGGUCUGAAUCACCUACUUUCUCAUCAUUUAUUAGAAUUAGAUGUGAGUAACUGUAGCAAGUUGACGAAAAGAACUUUAAAAAAUAUUAAUAGAGAGGGUGUGGGUGAAUGUUUGACUUCUUUGGUGAUUGGUAAGACGAGAAAUAUUUUGCCGGACACAGUGUUCUCAAAUCCUUUACCAGAUUCCAGUGAUAGUUCAGACUCUAGUCCAGUCAGUGAAAUAGAGCAACGGGGUUAUAUUUUACGAACUCCAAACCUCAGGCGACUUAUUGUGCAAGAACUCUAUAUUCCCAUGGAGCCCCAAUACUUUGCUCUGCUGUUGAAACCUUUGUCGAAACUGACUCACUUGGACCUGUCCGGAUGUUUCUUUCUAAACGAUGUGAAAUAUAUCAUGGAAAUGAAAUGCCUGGUAUCUCUGAUUCUGCAUAGUGUGCAGAGAAUCCAAGACACUGUGCCCACGAUAAUGAUGAUGAAGACCUUGAGGUUUCUUGAUAUAUCUCAAGCCAACAAAAAGUAUGGGAUGUUUGAGUCACCGGAUACAGUCUUGGCAGAUUUAGUGUCAAGCUUACCCAACUUAAAUGGUCUUGAUAUCUCAGGCACAAAUUUAGCUGGAGAUGGAACGUUUGAUGAGUACAGAGAUUGCGAUGAUAAACCUAAGGAAUUCAAUGGUAUAAUGGACACAGAAGACUUGUGUGACAUACCAGGAUUGAAGAGCCGAACAAAUAACCCUUUUGAGUUUCUAGGCUUAUAUAACACAGCUCAUGAUGCAUGCCAUAGAAAUCACAUCCCUGCAAAAGUGGUGACGGGCGAGGCAAAUGAAGAGCAGAUUUUGGCGGCAACUGCUGCUUACCUUGAUAGACCUGAGGUCCUUGUCAAAGCCUUGAAUGAGCUCUUUCAUAUAUUCAGAUUUGAGACGUGUAACGAUCAGCCGAGAGCUUUAAACCUAAUUCUUCUUUCUAUGAUAAGACAUAGGCAUGAGAAACACAUCCAGAUAUCUGGAAGCGCAUCACUGUUCUACAUAGCAAAGAGUGAGGAGAAGAAUAGCUUAAGCGUACGAGCCAGGCAGAAGAUGAUAACAGUUUUGCUUGACGCUAUGGAAACGCAUAUUGAUGACUCGACAAUGAUGCGUAAUGGCUGCCUCACGCUCUGUCAGUUUAAGAUACCCCAGCAUGUGCAGUUGUUUGAGUAUCGUCGCUUAGUUAAGCUGCUUCUGAGAUUGAUUCGAGGGAGAGGAGACGGUGACGAUUUCGUUCGGCGCAUUGCCAUAUAUCUCUUAAAUUCCUUGGCGUGUCAGGUUGACGGAGAGCAGAAAGAGCUAGUUGGGGACCUUGGUGCUAUUGAGACAAUGCUGAAGUUAAUAAGUGAUCGCCUGCAACGACAGUUGCAUGAUGAUGUGCUUGAAAUAGCAUGGUCGGCAAUGUGGAAUGUGACUGAUGAAACUCCCAUUAAUUGCCAGCGUUUUCUAGACGGCCAGGGCAUGACCUACUUCCAAAAGUGUCUUAAGGAAUUCCCAGACAAGCACGAGUUGCUACGGAAUAUGAUGGGUCUUCUUGGCAAUGUAGCUGAAGUCAAGGAAUUAAGGCCACGCCUCAUGACUCCUGAGCUUAUGACUACUUUUGCUGACCUUUUAGACUCAAAUUCUGAUGGUAUCGAGGUUAGUUAUAAUGCAGCCGGGGUUUUAUCACACAUUGCAAGUGGUGGAGUUGAAUCCUGGACUAUAAAAAAGCCCACAAGAGCUGAAGUGUUAGAAAGGAUGGUUGCAGCUAUUGAGAGAUGGGAUUUGAAGUCCAAGAGAAACAUAAAUUACAGAUCCUUUGAGCCAAUCCUGAGGCUUCUGGAAGUGUACCAUACACCACAGUGUCAACAUUGGGCAGCUUGGGCGCUUGCAAAUCUUACAAGAGUCUAUCCUGAUAAAUAUUGUUCAUUAGUGGAAGAGGAGGGUGGCAUCCAAUUGCUGGAGGCCCUCUUGCAGUCGUCAAAACCCUACAAGAGAAUCCAGAGCUUAGCAAGGAUUGUUAUUUACCAGUGCCAAUACUAUAAGGACAAUGGAUCACUAGACGACAUGGAACUUGACACAGAUUGUUAGCGCAGUACUUACACAGCUCGACCAAAGGAUUUAAGUUUAUAAGUAAUUAGUGAAUUUUGUCGGUUGGGAUUUGUGAGUAAGUCUCUUGUAUUUAUUUUAUGAAUUGCUGUGGAUUUAUAUUACCAUUUCUUCUUCUUUACUCAAGUUAAUUCAUUUUCAUCUUGGAUGUAGUCUUUUCUGUGAGGAAAAAUGGAUUCUAUUUCAGUCUAUUUUAACUGUUACCUCAGUGUCAUUGCUCCAAGUUAUCACCCCCACUUGUUGUUAUAAGGUAAGGGUCAGUUCUCUUUUGUAAUGUUUUGAUAAUCUCUACCAGCUUAAAGAAAGAUGUGAUAAUUGCGCAAAAUUCUGCAAGUUCAAAAAGUUAUGCAAAACUUUUGUCAUCUCUAAAAAGAGUGUUUAUACAUUGAAGUAUCCUGGAGCAUUUUAGUUGGUCUAAGAGUAGCAUUCUGUUCUGGGAGAGUAUUGGAUAUGCAUAUGUGAAGAGCAUUCAGAUGUUUGGAUCAUGUUAACUGUGUGUUGCGUUUUUGUUUUGCUAGAGCUCCACCCAUAUUCUAUUUAUAGGUUUGUUAUUUCUUUUGAGUGGGAAAAAAUGUCUAGAGUUGUUCUUGUGAUUGUAAGCAUGACCUUAUGUAUGCUUUCAAUGAGGAAGUUAUCCAAUUUGAGUUUGCAGCUGAGGGAAAAUAUAAUGCUGGAACUGAAAUCAUGCUCUCUAGCUCUUAACCUUAACGCACCACUUUUGAGCAGUUUGUAGAGUGCGGUAUAGGCUUCUGUACCAAGUGUGACUGCUUCAAUUAUAUACAAAUUAUAAAGAAAGAAUUUUGGAAA